AUUGAUGAUGUCGGCAUCAAAGGCGGAACAGACGACUACGGCAAUGCAUCGCUCGACGACAAUCCGAACAUCCGUCGAUUCGUUUAUGAGUACGCAACCACCCUGGACCGCGUCUUCUUACGUUUCAUCACUGCGGGAGUCACGGCCUCGGGUUCGAAACUUGUCUUGGCAACGCCUCGGCUCAAGAUCGUCGGGUCCAUUGUAUCAAAAGAAGGGUGGCACCUCGCACAUGGGAUCGUGUCGAAGAUCCUCAACUGGCCAACGCCGUCGAACGUCUCUGACGUGCGCGGUUUCCUGGGGGUAGCGGGA